CGCCAUCUUGUUCCCAGGGGCAGUUGGCGGAAGAGACCGCGCUCCUCGGCCGCCCGCUCUCGCUGCCUUGCGCCCGGAGAGUUCUCGCCGCCGCCGCCGCCGGCGUCUGGUGUCCGCCCCCGGGGCCCGGGGUCCGUGUGUCGGCGUCUCAGUGGCAGUCCCCUCGCCCGGCUGGGGCACAAGCGCGGCGGGCUCCCUGCCCCGACGGCCUUCCAUGGAGUAGGUCCGGGACCGUUGUCCCGAAGAGCGCGAUCGAGCUUGGCCCCCUCCUCCUCCUCCUCCUCCCGCCCGCCCGCCCUCCUUCCUGCCGCGGCAACAUGGCCAACAACAGCCCCGCGCUGACCGGCAACUCGCAGCCGCAGCACCAGGCGGCCGCGGCCGUGGCCCAGCAGCAGCAGCAGCAGCCGUGCGGCGGCGGCGGCGGCGCCACCAGGCCGGCGGUGUCGGGCAAGCAGGGCAACGUGCUGCCGCUGUGGGGCAACGAGAAGACCAUGAACCUCAACCCCAUGAUCCUCACCAACAUCCUGUCGUCGCCUUACUUCAAAGUGCAGCUCUACGAGCUCAAGACCUACCACGCGGUGGUGGACGAGAUCUUCUUUAAGGUCACACAUGUGGAGCCAUGGGAGAAAGGAAGCAGGAAAACAGCUGGCCAGACGGGGAUGUGCGGAGGGGUUCGUGGUGUUGGAACAGGAGGCAUUGUUUCUACAGCUUUUUGCCUGUUAUACAAAUUAUUUACUCUGAAGUUAACUCGAAAACAAGUGAUGGGUCUCAUAACACAUACAGACUCUACAUAUAUCAGAGCCCUUGGAUUUAUGUAUAUAAGGUAUACACAACCCCCUACAGACCUGUGGGACUGGUUUGAGCCGUUCCUUGAUGAUGAGGAGGACCUGGAUGUGAAAGCUGGCGGAGGCUGUGUAAUGACCAUUGGAGAGAUGCUUCGCUCCUUUCUCACAAAACUGGAGUGGUUUUCUACUUUGUUUCCGAGAAUCCCAGUUCCAGUUCAGAAGAAUAUUGAUCAGCAGAUUAAAACCCGGCCUAGAAAAAUAAAGAAAGAUGGCAAGGAAGGUGUUGAAGAACUAGACCGACAUGUUGAGCGAAGGCGGUCCAGGUCUCCAAGGAGAUCACUGAGUCCACGGAGGUCUCCAAGAAGAUCAAGAAGUAGAAGUCAUCACCGGGAGGGCCAUGGAUCUUCUAGUUUCGACAGAGAAUUAGAGAGAGAGAAAGAACGCCAGCGACUAGAGCGGGAAGCCAAAGAGAGAGAGAAGGAGAGGCGAAGAUCGCGAAGUAUCGACCGGGGGUUAGAACGCAGGCACAGCCGGAGCAGGGAAAGGCACAGAACUCGCAGUCGGAGUCGUGAUAGGAAAGGGGAUAGAAGAGACAGGGAUCGGGAAAGAGAGAAAGAAAAUGAGAGAGGUCGGAGGCGAGAUCGAGAGUACGAUAAGGAGAGAGGUGCUGAUCGAGAAAGGGACAGGGAGAGGUCCAGAGAGCGGUCCAAGGAGCAGAGGAGUAGGGGGGAGGGGGAGGAGAAGAAGCACAAAGAAGACAAGGAGGACAGGCGACACAGAGACAACAAGAAGGAUUCCAAGAAGAAACACAGCCGAAGUCGAAGCAGGGAGAGGAAACAUAGAAGUAGAAGCAGAAGCAGAAAUGCAGGGAAGCGGAGCAGGAGCAGGAGCAAAGACAAGUCGAGCAAACAUAAAAACGAAAGCAAAGAGAAGUCCAACAAGAGAAGUAGAAGUGGCAGUCAGGGAAGAACUGGCAGUGUGGAAAAGCUGAGAAAACGAGAACACAGCCCUAGCAAAGAGAAGUCUAGAAAGCGCAGCAGAAGCCAAGACCGCUCCCACAAGAGAGAGCAUGGGGACGGCAAGGACCAGUCAGACAGACAGGAUAACCAGAGGAGCCAGAGUGGAGAGCCAGAGAGCCAAGAGAAAGAACACAAAAACAAAGAUGAGACUGUGUGAAGAUUUUGUAAAAUUGGAUCACAUUGAAUCCUAUAAAUGUUGAUUAAAUUCUGCUUUUCUCCCCCAAGUUGAGAUUGUGCAGUAGUUAUGCACUCUUUGAGCUCCCUGUAGGCUGUGUUUUCAUUUCUUUUGUGUAGGGAAGUGCCUUUGUAAUCCCAUUUAUUGCAUUGAUGUUUUCACCCGGUUGAGUUGACACCUGAUGCACAGAUUGUUCUUGCAUUUUUGUUUGUUUUUAAAGUGUACAGUCUGUACAUAUGUCCUGAAAAUGUUUUAAUUCCUUUGGCAUGGUUGCCAUGUUGGUUAAAUUUGUAUAAGGCAAUAAACUGCCACUAAUUCUAUUUUUGUUUGGUAGGUGUGGGAUUAUGGUUGUGUACUGAAGUUAGCAUGGCUGUGCUUUUCAUAAUAGAAUGCUAAAGACUUUGGGAAUGGAUCUUGGAUGUUUGUUUUAUGAGAAUUAUGUGCUUUCAAUAUACAUGAAGGCAACAGUUGUAGGGUUAACAUUCUUGUCCACUGUAUAUUACCUUGGAAGCUCUUGUUAAUAUGUUAUACUUAAUAUUCUCCACAGUUAAUGUUAGAAAAUUUAUGAGAGGUUUAAAUUAGGCUGUGAUUUGAUCAAAAGUCCUUUUAGCAUUCUACCUCAAAGGGACACUGUUAGUAUGCCUAAAAUUUAUUCACUUAGUUUUUUUUUUUAAACUACAUUGACAUGUGCUUUUUCCCUCCUUGAAUUCUUUCUCAGAUUUUAAAAGUACUAUAUUAAAAAAAAAUGUGUAAAGCCUGGCAUUGCAGCAACCCUAUACUGACCAGUGAUGGGAGAGGGCGGGCACAUGAGGAAAGAAGCAUUCAAGCCUCAAGCUUCCAAAGCAUUUUUAUAAAUGGAGAAUACUUAAAUUAUGAAACAGCUUGAUAGAGUAUCCUUUUUUAAAAAUUCAAAACUUUUUUUAUUGAUAAUGAAGACUGCUGUUUGAGUUUUUAAACUUAAUCUAGGACAGAAGUAUUAACUAAUGCAGUGCUGCGUUAUUUAAGACUAUCAGCAAAUUAUUUGAUAGAUUGUUCUUAUGACUUGUAUUCUGAUUUCAGAAAACCAUCAUGAGUAUGGAAUAAAUACUGGAUUAAAUCCUUUA